GAACAUGUCUGGGCCCCAGGACGCAUGAGGAUGGCUAGGAACCUGGAGAAGUCACCCCGUUCCCUCUACUACUCCUUCCAUAAUAGAACAGAAUUAAAAGGCAGAAAGAGAACAGUGCUGUUGGGGAAAAGCAAAACAAGUUGACAUGAGGACAGAAAAAAAAGACUGUAGAGGCCGCUGGUGGGAGGCCAGACCGAGAUGCCUUCAGACUCCAAGAUGCAAUUUAGCUGACUCCAGCUCAGCAGUUUGCUGGUGCCUCCCCUGUGCCCACGGGACAGUGCCUGCCAUGGCACAAGGGCCUGUGCUGUCUCAUGCCUCUCUCUUCAGUGCCCGGCACAGAGUCAGGCACUAGGAGCUGUGUGCCGAACGGGUGGGGCCUGGGCUUUGAUCCUGCUAGGGAGUCACAGAGGACUUGGGUCCAGCUUGGCUCUGAAGGACAGGGCAUUCAGAGUGGGCAGGAGGACCCAGACCCAGUGCUCCGGAAGCUUCUAGGUCACGGGAACGGGAGAAGCAGGACGGGCAGCAUGGGUGAGGCGCCACUUGGGAUGGUGGCACAGGUGGGCGUGGGGAGGUGAGGACAGUGUUCCAGGCAGGGCCCAUGGCGUGGGCGGAGGCUGAGCACUGGGACAGUGAGAGGCCAGGCUGGAAGGCUGGUUUGGGCUCAGACGGCUGAGGCCUUGAGAGCCCCGGAAGGUUGGUCCAGGGUGGGGGUGCGCAUGGGAGUUCCCCUGCUUUGGGAAGAUUAAUCCUGUACUUCCAGGAACCGCUGGUGCAACCUUCUGGGGCGGAAGGAAUGAGGCUCAGUUUGGGAGAUGGAAUCAAGAAUGACAGGCGUGGGAGAGGACAAAGCCUGUGGAGGCAGGCAGCAGGGCUUGGCACAGAUCGACUGUGCGCUGGGAGGGGCCACCCCUCAGGGCCUUGUGGGGGGUCUGGAUGCUGGAGAAGGAUGGGCUGCCAUAGCGAGUCACCACGCACUGGGUGGCUUAAGCAGCAGACGUGUACUCUGUCCCAGCUCUGGAGGCUAGGAGGCCAAAAUCAAGGUGUUGGUGAGGCCAGCCUCUCUCCAGAGGCCCCAGGGGAGGAUCCUUCCUGCCUUUCCCAGCUUUGGGGACUCCUGGCACUCCCUGGCUUCUGGCAGCACCUUUCCAUCUUCACAUGGUCUUUCCCUCUGUCUCUGUGUCCUCUACUUUUCUCACAAGGACACCAGCCAUCGGAUUUAGGGUGGGCUUUAGUAUAGGGCUUUAUUAUAGCUGCAAAGACCCUACUUCCAAACAGGGUUGCAUUGGAGUUUCUGGGUGAACAAGAAUUUGAGGUGCAGGGAUGAUGUCAUUCAAUCCUCUGUGCAGGCUCAGAUUUGGUCACUGGGGUACAGGGGUGGACAAGAGCUGUUUGUCACCCUGCAGAGGGCUGUCUUGGGGAGCGCAGAACCCCCCACUCCCCGCAGGGAGCCAGGAAGUUCCUUCUGCACAUUGCUCUCUCUUCAGUGUCCUCCCCUGUCCUGUGGGUCUCUUGCCUCUGGAGGGAGAUGGGGCAAGGCGGGCCCCUUGAUGCAGAGAGGCUGGCGCUAGCUGGGAGGCUCCCUGUUGCACUGUGCUGUCUGUGUGUGGUCACCUGUUUGCUGGCCUGUUCCUAGGGGUGGAGACAGCAGAAAAGGAGCCUAAAAUUGGAAAUGAUAGUUGGCUGCAGAUUUAAAGGAAGUCUAAGUUUGGAGGAAGGCAGAUCAUCUCUGAACAAUGUUUCUGGCACAGUCCAUGUGGGCCAGGCUGACACAGGCGGCUCUCUGACUCAGUCCCUACUACAAACCCACAUUGCCAGGCCACGAAGGCCCGGGACCGGGAUGCAGAGAAGGGCAGCUAGGAUAAGUAAAACCUGAGGGGUGGAGUGGACUGCCAGUGGGUGACUGCCACAUGGGAAAGGCGACCCAGUGCGGACAGAGAUACUGACUUUUAAAGAAAAGAUGGAAAUUCAGGUUUUUACAUGAAAUAACCAGAUAGACCUUUGGGACACCAAUUUGCCGCUGUUGCUCUAGUUUCUCAAAGUGAGGUCCCCAGAUCAUCAGCAGCACCUGGGAACUUGUUAGAAAUGCAGAUUCUCUGGCCCCACCCUAGUCCUACUGAAUCAGACUCUCUAGGGUGGAUCAUUCUGGGCCUUACCCACUUUCCAGAAGAUUCAGAUGCAUGCUUCUGUUUCCUGGCUCAAGGUGAACCCUCAAAGUGCUCAGUAAGCAAGACUGUGUUGUGGUGACCGCAUUGUGUGUUCACAUACCAGGGACUAGAGAUAGAUAAACCCAAAUAGAGAUAGUGCACACACACAAAAGUUCCCUGGUCAAGUUCAUGAAUUCUUUGGGCAGAAGGUGCUAGAGACAGAUAGAGGAUCCUGGGGAGGGAAGGAGCCUUGGUGAGACCUGGAAAGAGGUCUGCAGUGUGGGGGGAUACCCAGCGCAGGGGUGAGGAUGAAUGGAAACCCCCAGGAAGGAAUGAUCUUGACCUGCAGGGCACCAGGCUGAGAAGCUUAAUGUUUUAGAGGCAAGAAAAGCAAGGAGAAACAAUGGUUCCAUUUGUGUUUAUCUAUUCUUUUUCCCAAACACUGGGUCAAGCACAGGGGGAGAGAGAGAGGAAGUGCAAGGGGGUGCUGCACAUUGCAACAAAAAAUGUGGUUGUCGGACUUGUGAGAGAGGACGGGAUGGUGGGCUGCAGCCCAGACGGGGCCCAGGGCUUGAGUAGACUUGAGGGCACACCUGGUGAGGGGCUGGCAGGCACAAGGGUUCUGCGGCAGACUGAGCAGGAGGUGAACGUGAUGGUGAGCAGACCCAGGCCAGUGGGGGCGUGGGAACAAAGUCCUCCUAAGUGCAGGGAGGUGAGUGGGCAAAGUCCAGGCAGUAAUUCCUCCUCAUUACCAGCAGUGGAUCAAGGAGGUGACUUAGCCUUUUGGGAAAGAAAAAAGAAAAAGAAAAGAAAAAAAAGAAAUCAUUGCUUUUGACUAAAACAGUAACAGAUACUAAUAUAAAUCUUAUGCACACACACAUAUAUAAAAUUAACAAGAUUCAAGUCAUGCUACCUACCCAGAUACAGAGUGUUGAAUCAUGAAGUUUUAAGACUUUACUAAGCAUAUCAUAAGUAUAUUUUUCUUACCAUAUAGUAAGCAUAUCAUUAAUAUUCUUUGACAACGUGGAUUUUAUUGGCUAUUGUUAUUAUUGACCAUCUUGGCCAUUUAUAGAUGUUCAUGACUAUAAAACAAUGCUGCAAGGAAGACUUUGUCCACAAAUAUUUUGGUAAUGCCUCUCUUGUUUUCCUUCUGGUUUAUUCCUAGAAAUGAGUUUAAUGGGCUGAGGGGUGUGAACAUUGUAAAGUCCAUUAACAACAAAAAUUGCCAAAUUGUUUUCCGGGAUGAGAGCACCUGCUUCACUGCUUUGCCAGCACCAAGUAUUACUAAAAAACAACAGCAAAACGAACAAACAAAUCCUUUCCAUUUCAAUAGGUGAAACAUGUAGUCUGAUUGUUUUAAUAUGUAUUUCUUAUCUUUAGUGGUGAGUUUGAUUUUUGGGGUACAUCUCUUGCCCAUUUAUAUUCUUUCUGCUCUAAUCACUUAACCCCCUUUUUUAAAAUUAAAAUAUCUUUGACAUACCUUCUUAUGUCGGUUUCACCGUUUUUCCUAUUUGCUGCAAAUUCUCUCAAAUGUUUUUUAAGUCUGUUCAGUUACGGGGAAAUCGCAAGGGCUGUUUUUGAAGUCACAGUGCCCCCCAGUGGUGAAAAUUGGUAACGUUCGGAGGGAGCAGCUUGCUUGUGGCAGGGAAGAGAAACCGCCCGAGAUUCACUUAGCAUCAGAGAACCAGCAAACUGGAAGGGCCGCUACAAACCAACUGGUACAUCUAACUGAGAGGGAUGCCAAGGUCAGCUAGAGCAGGGAAGAAAAUGACUUUGGUCACCCAAGAGUCACGUAGCGAAUGGGAGCUAGAAUCUACAUCUCCUGGAUCCUCAGACGGGAAAUACGUCAACAGGCUUGGGGCGGGCGGUGGUGGCUGAAGUUGCCCUAGAGGGGAGGUUGUGCCUGCCCCACAAGACUGGAGACCAACCCCAGGGUGCGACUCCUGGGGGACCUGCUGGCCAGGGGUGGGGGCGGAUGGGCUGGACUGCUCGUGUUUGCCUGGCGAUGCUGUUCUGGAGCCUGGAUCCCAGGGAAACAUCCCUGGUGGUGGGAUGGCCUCCAGCCCUGUCCCCCACAUGACCACGAGAAGGGAGGGCGGGCAGUGCACGGCCUGCACGCCCAGCACUAUGGAGUCAGUGCCGUUUGCUCACUGUUCCUGUCGGGCGAGGUCCACAGAUCUUGGGAUCUUCCUUGGUGUGGCCUUGGGGAGCGAGAGUUUGGAGAUGUGGCCCUUGACCCAGAGCGAGGAGUGCGCCGUCACCGGCUUUCUGCGGGACAAGCUGCAGUACAGGAACCGCCUUCAGUACAUGAAGCACUAUUUCCCCAUCAACUACAGGGUCAGCGUGCCUUAUGAGGGGGUGCUCAGAAUGGCCAACGUCAGCAGGCUGAAGUCCCGGGUGAGCCAGCAGGAGCUGCGGUAUCUGUGGGCCUGGGUGAGUCUCAGUGCCACUGAGUCUGUGCAGGAGGUGCUGCUCGAGGGCCACCCAUCCCGGAAGUACCUGGAGGAGGUGCACACGCUGCUGCUGGACGUGCAGCAGGGCCUCGUGGGUGUGGAGGUCAGCCCCAAGGUGGAAGCGGUCUUGUCGCUCCUGAGUGCCCCGGGGCUGAGCCUGAAGCUGGUGCGGCCCAAAGCCCUGCUGGACAACUGCUUCCGGGUCAUGGAGCAGCUGUACUGCUCCUGCUGUAAACAAAGCAGUGUCCUAAAUUGGCAGGACUGCGAGGUGCCAGGCCCGCAGCCCCACAGCUUGGCAUCCUCUUCGCUGUGUGCAGCUGCCCAGCUGUACCCUCCAUCCCGGCAGCCCCCCACCUCCCUGCCCCGCUCCCCGGGAUCUACGGCUGGUGCCCCGGCUCAAUGAAGCUGCAGAGGGCGCUGGCCUCCUGUCCCAGCAGCCCCACGUGAUGACCUGGGCAGGGCGGCUGGGGGAGCCCUGCAGGAGCUCCACUGGGCCCGAGACCUCGCCGGGUGGUGGGCUGCCGGGAGCCCCUCUCGGGAAAGCAAGCCCUAGAAGGGGGUGUUUCUGUGAGGGGGCUCUGUGCCCAAGAAGGGCCCAGCUUCCCGCCGUCUGUACUGCACACGGGGGCAGCUGGAGCGGUGGUCUAACUCACGACACCUCCUGGCCCUCCAGGGGCUGCCUCCGCAGCUGAAGGCCUGGAGCUAGACCUGUGCCGGCUGAGGCGAGAGCAGUGCUGGGCGUGGGAGACGCGACCCAGUGAGGCCAGUUUGGGGCAAAGCCAGAUGCUGUAUCUUGCCAUAGUGGACGCUCUUUCAGUUCCUCUGAUUUUUUUUCUAUUAAACACCCGCUUUUGUUUUG